AUGGGAGUUGACAUCGAAGUUUUGACCCCUGGCAGUGGAACAACAACACCAAAGCCUGGCCAAAAGGUUGAGGUGCAUUAUACAGGCACGCUCACGAACGGCAAAAAAUUUGACUCCUCUCGUGACCGUGGCAAGCCUUUCCAAUUCACUGUUGGCAAGGGCGAAGUAACUCCUGUAUGUAAUUAACCCUUCUUCCAUAGGUGAUUCGAGGCUGGGAUGAGGGCCUAAUGAAGAUGACCGUCGGCGAGCGGUCGAAAUUGACAAUUUCUCCCGAUUACGCCUAUGGUGCUCGCGGUGUCCAAGGUGUUAUCCCGCCGAAUUCUACCUUGAUCUUUGACGUCGAAUUGUUGUCCAUCCGAUAA